AUGGCGUCGGAAAAGGUUAACACCACCCACCUGGAGGUGGACAGGUCAAGCCUCGACAAGGUCGAUGCAGAAAUUCAAGCAAUCGAAGUGGUCACACCAGCCAGCAUUCAAGCACAGUUUCCCACGCUCGUCGACUUGAACGAAGAACAGAUGGCAGCCUUGGAGAAGAAGCUUGUGCGAAGGUUGGACUGGCGCCUCAUGCCCACAAUCACCAUCAUGUUCCUGAUGAACUACCUUGAUCGAAUUAACGUUUCCAACGCACGUCUCGCUGGCCUCCAAGAAGAUCUGGGCAUGUCGGAUACUGUAUGGAACGCAGGCAUCUCAACGUUCUAUGUUGGGUACCUGAUUGGACAACUCCCUGGUAAUCUUUGGCUGGCUAAGGUCCGCCCUAGCCUUCUACUGCCUUCGAUGAUGAUCGGAUGGAGCAUCUGCACAAUCUGUAUGCCAGCUGUGACAUCUGGCGUUGGGUUCUGUCUCAUCCGUUUUUGUACAGGAAUUUUCGAAUCUCCCUUCUUCCCAGGAAUAACGUUAAUGACUUCGUCCUGGUAUAAUAAGCACGAGAACCCUACCCGCAUGGCUAUCUGGCAUGCUGGUAACACGAUAUCCAACAUUGUCUCUGGUUUUCUGGCGGCUGGAAUCCUCCACAACAUGAAGGGCAUCGCUGGGCUCACAUCAUGGCAGUGGUUCUUUCUCAUCGAAGGCGCUGCCAGUAUUGUCGUUGGGGUGGCCGCGUUCUUCAUCCUCCCUGACUGGCCUGACAACACGCAAUGGCUGAGUGAAGAGGAAAGUGAAAUGGCUCAGUAUCGUGUCCUGCUCUCCAAUGGCGGCAAGCGGGAAGAGGUUGGAGGCACUUGGGACGGUCUGAAGGAAGCCAUCAAAGAUCCCUUCACCUGGAUGUUCUGUGCGAUGCAUUUUAGCCUCAUCAACGCGCAAAGCUUCAAAGACUUCUUUCCAUCGAUCAUCAAGACUUUCGGCUUCGGUGAGCUGGAGACAUAUCUCAUCCAGGCACCACCGUACGCUAUCGCCUACAUCAGUGCCUGCGUUCUCGCGUACAGCUGUGGCAAAUUCCAAGAGUCGUGUUAUCACAUCCUCGUCCCGAUCAUCGUCGCGGCUGCGGGUUGCUCCAUCCUGAUUUCUACUCUCAACGUCGGAGCACGCUACUUUGGGGUCAUUCUUCUCAUCAGUGGAACCUACAAUGGACUGAAUCUGCAGCUCUCUAGGGAGACAACACUGGUUCCAGCACCACGUGCGAAAAAAGCCGCCCUGAUUGCCAUCGCCAAUUGCGUCAGUCAAUGUUCACAUUGGUUCUCUCCUCACUUCUUUCCGACAAGUCAAGAACCGUUUUACCGUCUGGGCGGAGGACUCAUCCUCUUUGGAUGCUUGUGCACAGUUGGACUCUGCUUAGGAGUGAAGUGGUGGGCCAAGCGAUUGAACAAGAAGCUCGAUGAGGCAGAAGGCUACAGCGAGCAUAGCGGUGUCGAGCGCGGAUGGCGCUAUGCUUAUUAG